AUGCAAGGCCUCAUUGCUUUGAGGAGCUCUCCAUGCUUUCUUCACAGUUGCCCUCGCAAUUCCAAUACAAAACAUCUUGUAUCUAAACCUCAUUGCAGUUUAAGAAAGCGAAGCACAAGUAGUCUAAGAAGCACUUUGCCGUCCAUUUCCCUCUCGCUUUUCGGUUCAGGGUUCUUCUUAGGUCCCCUCAUCGAUGGACUUCACUCAAGAGUGAAUCUCGUGGUAUACCAAAAUGGGUCAAUCGACAUCGGUCCUCUUCACACAAACAUUUGGGUUCCUCCCUUGCUUGGAUUGUUUUACUGCUCUGUUGGGUUGCUGCAACUGUUCUUGGAUCAGAGGGCACCUUCGAAGGUUCCAGAAGGAAGCCCAGAGAAAACAGCAAUUGCGUUAGUAGCACUGUUGCUAUUCAUCGAAUUGAGUGCUGAAAUGUAUAGAGCUGGAAUAGCAGACAACAUCGAGGCUUACAUAUUAUUUGCAUUAGCAGAAUUGAUAUGGUUUUACCUGGACAGAACAUGGAUUGGAUUCACCCUGGCUUCCAUCAUAGGCCUCUGCUGUCCGCUAGCUGAAAUUCCCAUAAUGAAGUUGUUCCACCUUUGGUAUUACCCACAAGCAAACAUUGAGAUCCUUGGUCAGGGUUUAGUCACUUGGACAACCACUUGCUACUUUGUUUACACACCAUUUCUGAUCAGUUUAUCACGCUGGUUGAGAUCAAUGAUAACUCCUCCCAACAAGUCUGCUUAGAGAUGGUCGGAAUUUCUUCCGCAACAGGAACUAGAAUUGAAACAACCUACUCAAGAAUAAAGGGAAUCUGUUACAUACUGAAAGUGAUUACGAGAUAACAAGAGCUAAAUGAGGAGCUGUUUCAGAGUAGAAUAA